AUGGGCAAUACUAUAACCUUAGACAUAUCAAAAACCAGCAAUAUUGAUCAAUCUUCACUUCUUGCAUUGAAAUCCCACAUAACUUCAGAUCCUUACAAUAGUCUUACAAAUAAUUGGACCACUAAAACCUCUAUCUGCAGUUGGAUUGGAGUCACUUGCGAUUUUCGCAACAACAAAGUGACCGAGUUGGAUAUUUCCGAUAUGGGUCUUGUAGGCACAAUCCCACCCGAAAUCGGAAAUCUUUCGUCCCUAGUGAAACUGAACAUGAGAUACAACUCAUUCCGCGGUCAUAUUCCUUUAUCCCUUUUCAACAUGUCGAGAUUGCAAGAUAUUUCCGUCAUGUACAAUAGCUUGUCGGGAAGUUUACCGGACGACAUGUGCAGCGGCCGCUAUAAUAUGCGCGGACGACUCAGGGUACUUCGUCUAUCUUUCAACAACUUUAACGGCGAAAUACCUUCGAGUUUGGAUCAAUGUUCACAGCUUGAAUUUAUCUCGUUGCAUAAGAAUAAUUUUGUCGGAAAUGUGCCUAGACAGAUUGGCAAUAUGACGCGGCUUCGGCAGUUGUAUCUUUGUUGGAACAACUUAACUGGUUGGGACCGAGAAUGA